AUGACAGAUGAGGACCAAAGGGCACUCACCGUGAGGACGGUUGCGGCCGUCUUCAUGUCAGUCGCUUGUGUAUCGGUACUCUUGCGUUGCUAUGUCCGUGGUUGGGUGGUGAAGGCGUUUGGAUGGGAUGAUGGGUCGAUGGUUCUGGCAAUGGCAUUCUAUGUCAUGUUCGCCGCCUGUACCAUCGGUGGCACUUUGUACGGCACUGGACGGAAAUUCGAACACCUCACAGCAUCUCAGCGGGUGAUUGCGAUGAAGUACUGGUGGCUUUGCGAAAUCGCUUACUGCUUCGCCUCGAUCUUCUGCAAGAUUUCUGUCUGCCUUUUCCUUAUGCGAAUCACCAUCAAAAGACUCCACAUUUGGAUAAUUUACACUGUUAUGGUCCUCACGGUCCUUGCAGGCUUGGUGUUUAUGUUCCUGAUGCUUCUACAAUGCAAGCCUCUUUCAUACUUCUGGACGCGAACUGCUAUGGAUCCUAGCAUUGAGGGCUACUGCAUUAGCAUCAACAUCAUCAUCACCAUGACAUACGUAUACAGUGCAUUCGCAGCGCUGUGUGAUUUUACUGUGGGUAUUUUGCCCAUUUUCAUUGUGUACAAUCUACAAAUGCGACGAGAGGUGAAACUGGCUGUGGGCGGAAUUCUAAGCAUGGCAUGCGUUGCGUCAGCAGCCGUGAUUAUCAGGCUCCCGUUCGUGAAAACAUUUGCCAAUCCCGAGUUUCUCUAUGCUACCGUCCCGAUCGCUAUUUGGUCGAAUACUGAGGCCGGACUUGGUAUCACUGCUGCUAGUCUCGCAACCCUCCGUCCCCUAUUACGUCUAUGGUAUGGCUCUCACACCGACUCAAGUUAUCCAUCUGGCUUCCCGGUAGCAUCUGGGUCACACAAACGAGGUAACUCACGGCCAAUACCACUGGGGUCAGUGGAUGAUAACCUGCAAAGAGACCUGAGGCCGGAUAAAUUGGCUGUCGUGGUGAACAGUAUUGAAAGCCGGAGGGACGUGGAGAAUACGCCAUUCUCUAGUCCUAAAAGCAGUGAAGAGAGGCUGACUGUUGACCAUGCGACCCCGUCCCUUCAAAAAAAGAUGGAAGUGGGUGUUCAUCAAACAUUCGAAGUCACACACACGACGUCGGACAGGAAUUACGGAGAGGGGUCUCAUCGAAUCGCGAGGGAACAUGUAUAA